AUGCCGGGCUCGACUGUCCUAAUGAACAUAAUACCUAUUGGUCAAACUGCUUUCUACGUAGUAAAAUACGAUGACAAGAUGCCGGACUCGACUGUGCUAAUGAACAUAAUAGCUAUGGAUGAAGCUGCUCUCUACGUAGUAAAAUACGAUGACAAGAUGCCGGACUCAACUGUACUAAUCAACAUAAUAGCUAUGGACGAAGCUGCUUUCUACUUAGUAAAAUACGAUGGCAAGAUGCCGGACUCGACUGUGCUAAUGAACAUAAUAGCUAUGGAUGAAGCUGCUCUCUACGUAGUAAAAUACAAUUCCAAGUUGCCGGACUCAACUGUACUAAUCAACAUAAUAGCUAUGGACGAAGCUGCUUUCUACUUAGUAAAAUACGAUGACAAGAUGCCGGACUCGACUAUACUAAUCAACAUAAUACCUAUUGGUCAAACUGCUCUCUAG